AUGGCCGAACGGCACGCUGCUGCGCCCCACGCCGCGGUGCGCGGCGGCGAUGCUGGCGGCCUCGCUGCUGGCGAUGCCAGCCGCGCCACUGGCACGUCGGUCGCCACUGUCACCACGUCUCUCGCCGCGGUGGAGCUCUGCGACGAGGACGUGGCAAUGCGCUGCUCUGCUCAAAGCGAUGCUGGCUCUGCUGCCGACCCUGAGUGGGAGGCAGUGCUGGCGCAGCUGCUAGCAGAGGAAGCAGAGGAAGAGGAGCUCUGCUGCCGCUUCGAGCGCUGUGGCGACGACUCCGACGACGGGGGAUUCAGUAUGCCGCAGGCGGCUCCCACCUCGAUGGGUUAUCACUCCUGCGACUGCAUCGAAGAGGGCUUCAACAUUCAACAAACAGGAAUCGAGGGUGACCGCAUGUCUGCAUCAGACGUGUCAUCCGUCCCGAUCGGCCUCCAGGGCUCGCACCUCAACCUCUCACAGACCAGCGCAAAGCGCCAUAGGACGUAUUUUCUUGUCAAUAACAAGAGCAUGACGAUUGUGCUCGCUACAUAA